GGCGGGGCGUGACGGAAUAGCUCUCCAGGGAAAGAGGUCGGGAUGGGGACUGAAUGCCGGACCCGGGGAGGGAUGGAAUAGCACGAUGGGGGCGGGUCCUGGAGGCGGGGACAAAGAGAGGAGCACUGGAGUGGGAGGGCGGGCCUCGGGGCGGGGCGAAGGGAGGGGCGCAGGCAGGAGGCGAGAAGGGGCGAGUCUUUGGGGGAGAGGCAUCUUCUGGUGAGGUAGGUCUUAGCCAAUGGGGCGCAGUGACGGGGCGGAGCUUGAAUGCCGCGCCAGUGGGCGGGGCGAGCCGCUCUUGGGGCGUGGCGUGAGAGUGCGGUGGUGAGGGAGGUGUGGGGGCCGGUGACUCUGUGAGCGGCCGUGGGAGCUGUGCUGACUGCGGAGGUGGAGCCCAGUGAGCGCGAGGGACCGGCUUUGGGGCGGGGCGGGCCCUAGUGGACCCGGUGACCGCUGGUCGGAGCCGGAUCCCUUGAGGCGCUAUGUGGGGGCGGGGCGUGGGCGCCGGGGCGGGACCCGAGGGCCGGAAGCGGACGGAACCAGCGAUCCAGCCGUCGGCUCGCCAUGGACGAGGUGGACCGGCAGCUCCUGCGACGCUACAGGGUGCGCCUAGUGAGCGAGCUGCAAGUCGCGGAGCUCUGGGACGCUCUGCUGAGUCGAGAGCUCUUCACGCGCGACAUGAUCGAGGAGAUUCAGCGGGCAGGCUCUGGGUCCCGGCGGGAUCAGGCCAGGCAGCUGGUCACAGAUCUUGAGACCCGAGGGAGGCAGGCCCUUCCUCUCUUCAUCUCCUGCUUAGAGGACACAGGCCAAGGCACCCUGGCUUCAUUCUUGCGAAGCAGUCGGCAAGCAGCCAAGCAGGAUCCAGAGGCUGUCAGACCCCUAGGCCACCUGGUGCCUGUGGUCGUGGGACCAAUGGGACUCAAGUCAAAGGAGCAGAGAGUGGUGAAGCUGGAGCCGUCGCAGCCUGCCUUGGGAAACCUCACCCCAGUCGUGCUGGGGCCAGAAGAGCUGUGGCCUGCUCGACUCAGACCAGAGGUUCUCAGGCCAGAAACACCCAGGCCGGUGGACAUUGGUUCUGGUGAAGCUCAUGAUGUCUGUGCUCCAGGGAAGAUCAGGGGACAUGCACACAUGGCGUACAUCCUGGAUUCGGAUCCCUGUGGCCACUGCCUCAUCAUCAACAAUGUGAACUUCUGCCCUUCCUCGGGGCUCAGCACACGCACCGGCUCCAACGUGGACUGUGAGAAGCUUCAGCACCGCUUCCGCUGGCUGCGUUUCAUGGUGGAGGUGAAGAACGACCUGACUGCCAAGAAAAUGGUCACGGCUUUGAUGGAGAUGGCGCACCUCGACCACCGUGCCCUGGACUGCUUUGUGGUGGUCAUCCUCUCUCAUGGCUGCCAGGCCAGCCAUCUCCAGUUCCCGGGGGCUGUCUAUGGGACAGAUGGAUGCUCCGUGUCCAUUGAGAAAAUUGUGAACAUCUUCAAUGGGAGCGGCUGCCCCAGCCUGGGAGGGAAGCCCAAGCUGUUCUUCGUCCAGGCCUGCGGCGGUGAGCAGAAAGACCAUGGCUUUGAGGUGGCCUGCACUCCCUCUCAAGGCAAGGCCUUCGACAGUGACUCUGAGGCAGAUGCUGUCCCAUAUCAGGAAGGCCCAAGGACCUUGGACCAGCUAGAUGCUGUGUCAAGUUUGCCUACCCCUAGUGACAUCCUUGUGUCCUACUCCACCUUCCCAGGUUUUGUCUCCUGGAGGGACAAGAAAAGUGGCUCCUGGUACAUCGAGACCUUGGAUGGUGUCCUGGAGCAGUGGGCUCGAUCUGAAGACCUGCAGUCCCUCCUUCUCAGGGUCGCCAACGCUGUUUCUGAGAAAGGGAUUUAUAAGCAGAUUCCUGGCUGUUUUAACUUCCUCCGGAAGAAGCUGUUUUUUAAAACUUCAUGAGGCUGUAGGCUGCUCUCUGCCUCACUAUUCUCCCCAAAGCCUUCACGGCCUGGAAGUGGCUAAGGCCAGAACUGUCGUGCGAAGGAAGGAUCUUGAACUGGGGCAGGCUGCUCUUUCCCUUUUUCCAUGCAGAGCGGCUCCUAGCAGCUUCCAGGUUGGAGGGUGAUGUGGAGCGGUGUGGGGAGAGGAACGGAGUGCUGUACAGGAUGCCUUUCAUCUGUGGUUAGGGACUGUGGCCUGGAACUCCCAGGCCUCUCUAGAGCAGGGCUUCUCUGUCAAUGUACUACUGACAUGUGGGGUUGCAUAAUCCUGUCAUGGGGCUGCCCUGUGUGUUGUAGAGUGUUUUAAGCCAUCUCUGGUCUCCACCUGCCAGAAACACCCCUCUGAGAUCUGCCAACCAGAAAUGUCUUCAGACAUUGUCACAUGUGCCCUGGGGGACAUUACAGCACACACACACACACACACACACACACACACACACCCAGGGCCAUCACCCACUGGGGUUUGUGGCUGCAGACACACCAGCAUCUCUUCUUUCCAGACUCACAGUCUAGCUGUCCCAGUGUGAAUACCUGGAUCUGGGCUGAGUCUCAUCGAAAUUUCCAGAAAGGGCUAAUUCUUCCUUGAGCACAUUAUUUAUUCUUCAACAAUAAAUCUUAGGCAAAAGGACUGUUGUCCUGUAUUGUCCCCA